GCGCGCUUAAGUGCGCGCGUCCGCCGCUGUCCCUUCUGUCCCAGCUCGCGCAGGGGUUUAAAGCCCGGGCGGUGCGGGUUCCCAGACAGCACACCUGGGCGCUGCGGGGCGGGAGAGACAGGUGUGCGAGCCUGCGAGCGGAGCGCUGAUUGGUCCUCUGAGCCGCGCCUUACUUGAACUGCUCCUAGCUGGGGCUGGCCCGGCAGGGCUGGCCCUUCUUCACCUGCGAGUGGCUUUUCCUUGUCUCUGCAGGAGGCGGUCCAUGAACUGGUGUUGCAGGGCCGCGGAGUGCUAGCGGGUCCGGUGUCCAGCACGGAAGAUGAACGGCCCCAGCGCCAGGUCCAGCCACCUGUCGCAGCCAGUGGUGAAGAGUGUGCUGGUGUACCGCAAUGGGGACCCCUUCUUCGCGGGGCGCCGUGUCGUCAUUCAUGAGAAGAAGGUGUCCAGCUUCGACGUCUUCCUCAAGGAAGUGACGGGGGGCGUGCAGGCGCCCUUUGGGGCGGUUAGGAACAUUUACACCCCGAGGACAGGCCACCGCAUCAGAAAACUGGACCAGAUUGAGAGCGGGGGCAACUACGUGGCCGGGGGCCAGGAAGCCUUCAAGAAACUCAAUUACUUGGACAUAGGAGAAAUCAAGAAAAGACCAAUGGAAGCUGUUAAUACUGAGGUCAAGCCAGUCAUCCACAGCAGGAUCAAUGUGUCUGCCCGCUUCAGGAAAUCACUGCAUGAGCCUUGCACCAUUUUCUUGAUUGCAAAUGGAGACCUCAUAAGCCCAGCUUCUCGACUCCUCAUCCCUAGAAAAGCUUUAAAUCAGUGGGAUCACGUACUACAAAUGGUCACAGAAAAAAUAACUCUUCGGAGUGGGGCUGUCCACAGGCUUUAUACUUUAGAAGGAAAACUGGUCGAGAGUGGGGCAGAACUGGAGAAUGGGCAGUUUUACGUGGCCGUUGGCAGAGACAAGUUUAAGAGACUACCUUACAGUGAGUUACUUUUUGACAAGUCAGCCAUGAGAAGGCCUUAUGGUCAGAAAGCUUCUUCACUACCUCCCAUGGUUGGAUCGAGGAAGUCUAAAGGGAGUGGAAAUUAUCGCCAAUCUAAGUCAACCAUCGGCUCCAGUGAUAACUCAUCUCCUCAGCCUCUGAAGAGGAAAGGGAAGAAAGAUUCAAAUACAGAAAAACCCACAAAAGUAAAGCAAAAUGUGAAGUCAAAGGAUUCCCAACAAACAAUCUUAAACAAUGAUGAAGGCAUUUUCAAAGCUGGGACAGAGAGAUCUGAAACGAGGGGGGCAGCAGAAGUCCAAGAAGAUGAAGACACGCAGGUUGAGGUCCCAGUGGAUCAGAGGCCAGCAGAAAUAGUAGAUGAGGAAGAAGAUGGAGAGAAAACAAACAAAGACAUCAAACAGAAAGAAGACUUUUCAGCAAUGAAUGGUGGAACUGAAGAUGGGGGGAGUAGAGAAGCUGCUGAUGCCCUUAAGCAAGAGGAGGAAAUGCCAGACCAUGGAGGGAAGAAGGCAAGUCCCUCUCGGGUAAAUGGUACCACUGAUGAAGAGAAUGGUGAGGAACUGGACCAGGUUACUGAGGAGCUUCAACCAACAGUGGAUGAGGAAGGAAAGGCUGAAGGAGACAACCCUGGACAAGAAGAGGCUGACUUGGAUGCUCAAAGACCACCAAGACCCGAAGUGACAAUCACUGGCCCUCAAGAAAAUGAAGAGAAUGAACAAAACAAGGACUCUUCUGCUGUGGCAUAGAUGGUUUUAAAGAAGAGAAUACAUGGGAUGUAAGAGCAUGAAGGGAUGUAAUACUUGAAUAGUGAACAUGACACCUCUGUAAGGCAGAUGUGGCAAUAUGGUGGGACACUACCUGUUGAAUUUUAAAACUAGAAGCUAAAUGGAAGGGAGGUUAGGAAAUUUGUAGCUCAAAGCAGAAUGACUUAUGUUUA